AUCAUAGUAACAAUGGCCUCAUCAGUCCUAGUGAUGAUCAAGGAGGAGGUGACCUGUCCCAUCUGCCUGAAGCUCCUGAAGGAACCUGUGAAUGCCGAUUGUAACCACAGCUUCUGCCGACGCUGCAUCACACUGAACUUUGCAUCCCGCAAAGGCAAAAAAGGGAAGGGCAUCUGCCCUGUGUGCGAAGGCUGUUUCUGGUUUGGAAAUCUGAGGCCUAAUCAAAAUGUGGCCAACAUAGUGAGGAGGCUCAAGAGGUUAAAUUCCAGCACGCAAGAGGAGAAGGUGAAUGUCUGUGCACAACAUGGAGAGAAACUCCAGCUCUUCUGUAAGAAGGACAUGGUGGCCAUCUGCUGGCUUUGUGAGCGAUCUCAGGAGCACCGUGGUCACCUGAAAGCUCCCAUUGAAGAGGUGGCCCAAGAGUACAAGGGGAAGCUCCAGGCAGCUCUGCAGGAACAGAAGGCAAAUGAGAAAAGAUGUGAUGAGUGGGAAGAUGAUCUUAAAGAGGAGAGAACUUUCUGGAAGAACCAAAUACAGAGUGAUGUAGAAAAAGUUCAGAUGGAGUUUAAAGGACUUCGGGAAUUCCUAGACUCCAUGGAGAAGAAUGAACUGCAGAAGCUGAAGCAGGAGGAGCAAGACAUUAUGAACAGCCUGGCAGAGUCUAAAAGUGAGCUGGUGAAGCAGAGGGAGUCAGUGAGAGACCUCAUCUCAGAUGUGGUGGGUCACUUCCUCUGCUCAACCAUGAAAAUGCUGCAGGUAAGUCUGCAGGAGGUCCCAGCAUCUGAGAGUCAGGAGACCUGGAAGCCAUUUCCCUCCCUCUGAGCUGCUGUGACCUUCC